GCACAGUCCUCGGGACAAAAAGUGAGGCGCGGUGCAGCGAGUAAACAAAAGUGACUACAAAAAGUUGGACCGCUGCACCGGUGUAUCCGCUUCUGUCUCACUGGGUCCCCUCCAAAGUCCCGACGCUUUAGGCUCAGUAACCGGAGAACCGAGCCUGAUCGGCGGCCCCACGGUGUGUAGAGUAACGGAGGAGAAGGGGUGGGAUGAUGAGCACAUGAAGGGAGGGAGAGAAAGGAAUACGCUCACUGGCCGUUACGUUGCCAUGUGUGCAGGAAACGUACCCCAAAAACUUCUCAGUGAAAGAUUUGACGCAGGCAGGGAAAAGAAAGAGCCAGCAGUUUAGUGGAAGUCGCGGCAGUCUUAUCAGCUCAGUGUGCGGUUCAAAGGUCGGAGUAUCUUUAGGAGCGCGCUGUUGACUCUUACACUCACACAACUUUUUUUUUGGUAGUUUCCCUCUCGACUGAAGCAACCGGCGUGCUGCGCUGCGUUGGUGUCGCACUGCAUAGAUUUCUCCAAAGUUGCUUAAGUUAAAAGAAGAGUCAGCGACAUGUCAGCCUCACGAAUGCAGCUGCUGUCCCCCAGAAGCCUCUUGCUUUUAAGCCGGGGGCGAAUCGAAAUGGGAGCCCAACGGCCCGGCAGUGGUCCCGGGGUCCGCUCACUCACCUCUCCCCCUCUGUACCCCUCCUCUCCCGGCAGAGCCUUGUCGAGUCUGAGUGCAACGCGACGUGGACUCCCCCAAGAGAAAAUGUCCGAAAAUGGAGUGGUGUCCCGGCCCAAGGUGCUGACCAUCGACACCAUGAACCCCACGGUGAAGAAAGUGGAGUACGCCGUGCGGGGGCCCAUCGUGCAGCGGGCUGUGGAGCUGGAGAGGGAGCUCUCUGAGGGUAUGAAGAAACCAUUUGCUGAGGUCAUCAAGGCCAAUAUCGGUGACGCACAUGCUAUGGGACAACAGCCAAUCACUUUCUUCCGACAGGUGCUGGCACUGUGUUCCUACCCUGAACUGCUGAAUGACAGCACAUUCCCCGAGGAUGCCAAAAAUAGAGCACGCCGCAUUUUGCAGUCAUGUGGAGGGAACAGUAUGGGAUCCUACAGUGCCAGUCAAGGCAUAAACUCGGUGCGAGAGGAUGUGGCCCGCUACAUCGAGCGAAGGGAUGGCGGCGUGCCCUGCGACCCAGAUGACAUCUACCUCACCACAGGGGCCAGUGACGGCAUUGUGACCAUGUUGAAGCUGCUGGUGUGCGGUGAAGGUUCGAGCUGCACCGGUGUCAUGAUCUCCAUUCCUCAGUACCCGCUGUAUUCAGCUGCGCUGGCUGAACUCGGUGCUGUGCAGAUCAACUAUUACCUUAAUGAGGAAAACUGCUGGAGUCUGGACAUCAAUGAGCUGCAGCGCUCCCUGGAUGAAGCCCGGGAGUACUGCAACCCGAGAGCUCUGUGCAUCAUCAACCCCGGAAAUCCCACAGGUCAGGUCCAGAGCAGAGAGUGUAUUGAAGAUGUGAUCCGAUUUGCAGCAAAGGAACGCCUCUUCCUUUUGGCUGAUGAGGUGUACCAGGAUAACGUGUAUGCCGAUGGUUGUCAGUUCCACUCUUUUAAGAAGGUUCUGUUUGAGAUGGGACCAGAAUACGCAAACACAGUGGAACUGGUCUCCUUCCACUCAACCUCAAAAUGCUACAUGGGAGAGUGCGGUUUCCGCGGCGGCUACAUGGAGAUCAUCAACAUGGACGAUGAGGUGAAGGCCCAGCUGUCUAAACUGGUUUCGGUCCGUCUGUGUUCUCCUGUUCCUGGUCAGGCUUUAAUGGACCUGGUGGUCAACCCUCCUCAGCCUGGGGAGCCUUCAUAUGACAACUUCAUCAAGGAGCGCACAGCCACCUUAAGUGCCUUAGAGGAGAAGGCCAAACUUACCGAACAAGUUCUCAAUACUGUGCAUGGCAUCAGCUGCAAUCCUGUGCAGGGUGCCAUGUACUCCUUCCCCCGCAUUACCAUCCCUGAAAAAGCCAUCAAAGAGGCUGAGGACAUUGGCCAGCAGCCAGAUAUGUUUUACUGCAUGAAGAUGCUGGAAGAAACUGGAAUCUGUCUCGUACCUGGAAGCGGCUUUGGUCAGAAGGAAGGAACGUACCACUUCAGAAUGACCAUCUUGCCACCAAAGGACAAGCUGGAGAUCCUCCUGAACAAAGUCAAGGAGUUCCACCAGAAAUUCACUCUCCAGUAUUCUUAAAUUUCCACUUUUCCUUUUACGCACAAAGGGACGUUGUCUAGAACCACAAGCAAAAUCUUUAGCCAUUUACAGUUUAUCUGUCACUAGCCAAGUGCCUUCUCUACGAUGGCUCUGGUGGUCUCUGUGAUGACGCCUGCAGCCUCUACAGCUUUCUCAUUUGGACAUUGCACCGUUUGGUGUCAGAACCACACCACACCAGAAAUAAAGAGAUGCAUUCAGAGACGUGUAUGAGUUUAGUGCAGAAACUAUAGCUUCUUCUAGUAGUGGUGAGGAUUAUGAAAGAUGUAUGUCUUGUAGAUCUGAGUCUAGUUAAUGUCAUUGCCAAGCUUAAAGAAUAGGUACAGUUGGAAAAAAAGAUAAUGUGAUGCUUAAAACCUUAUGUAUGUGUACAAAUUGUUAAACGAUUGCAUUCCUGUAGGCUGCACUUGAUGGGAAAUAUAUAAAAAAAAAACAGAAGGUCUCAUUUGCAUGAUUAUUCAGACAUGAUUUUGUAGAAAAUAAAUAAAACAAAAAUAAGUGUAA